CCCAUCAUCACCUAGAGCACAACCUAUACUCGGGCCGCCUUCUCUAUUGCUCUAUCUCUAUUCCUCUACUACUUAUUCACCAUCACACACAUCUUCUCAUCAUAUCCAUUUCUUCCCAGACAAACAGCGACCCCAGACGUCUCAUUACGCCCCACCGUCCACCCCUAUCACGCGAGGCUUCACCAUCUUGGACGAUCUGCUGCCUCACCUAUUCUGGCUUCUGGCUUCUGUUAGGCGCGUGCUGCGGCCGCAGACGUCUCGGUUGAUUCCACAAUGACGUUUGUUACUGCCGCCGCCCGCCGCCUAUACCUUCGUCUAUGCCUUCGCGUAUCCUUUCGCCCGCUGCCGUCGAAGCUACCAACACCAACGCCAUGGACUCCUCGGCCGAGUCGAGCCUCCCCCUCGAGCGGUCCGUUUCUGGGCACAGUUCUGCCUCCCUUUCUGUGAGGAGGAGCAGACGGAGCGACAGUCGGAGUCGUUCUCGCUCUACCACGGUGCGGGCUCGCUCCAAGAGAUUCCCUUCUCACGUGUCUAGCUCGGGCAGCUCCAUAGCUGCCUCCGACAAGUCCCUGACGAGUUUCCCUUCCUUCUCUCCCGAAUCUCCGAAGCCGAUUCGGACUAUGCUAUCAUCCGAUAACGGCUCUGAUACUGUUACCGACGACGACGACAACGACGACGACGACGACUCUUUCAGGCACAGAACCGACUCUGCUAACGACCCUACUACCCUGACCUUGACAGCCCGUUCGGCCCUCUUUGAGGAUGUUCCCGUGUCUACGCAUAAGAUACCCGGUGCCCUCCACAUGGCCGACGACCAACACAUUCAACGGCUCAUCGCCCGUCAUGGCGCCGUCGAGCUCGUCCGCCUGGUCGCCGCCGACCUGGCCCAACGCGAUGCACAGAUCGCCACGCUGCGGCGCAAGGCCGACGAUCGCGAUCGAGCCCUGCGCAAGGUCAUCCUGCAGUGCGGCCUGUCCAACCUCGAGCUCGAGACGCGGCUGCGCGCCAUCGAGUCCGAGGCUCGUGCCAACCGUCCCGCCAACGCCCGUGCCGAGACCGGAUUGUCCGACCUCAUGAACGACGCUAUGCAGGAUACCUACCAUACCUUCGCCCACACCGGCUUGGACUCUACCAUCCGCGCCAGUAAAGCGUCCUCCCUUAGCCUCGAUUCGGAUAACAAUACCAAGAGCAGUACAGGGAACAAUACUACAAAAGGAACCUUUCGAGGUUGGAAGGAUUUCCUAUGGGGAGGAAGCACGGCCAAGAGGGGUAGUUCCACAAGUAGCGUCAAUGGCGGCGGCGGCGGCGGCGGCGGCGACCGGCGGUCAGCCACCGUGGUCCGCGCUGGGUCUCAUGCCGACCGUCGUCCCGGCCUGCAAGAGGACCUCUUUGACCCACCCGAUAGCCGAUCCGUUGCGAGCCAGAGCGGUGCCUCAGGCGCCUCCAGUAUACAGUCGGGCUUGACCGAGAACAACCGUAAAUCCUCGUCGUCUUCCAUGGCUGUCGGGCUUAUGCGGCUUGUUGUCGGGGGUGCCAUGGCCACGCGAGAAGCGGACGGAGGGCGAGGCCGGUCGGCGAGUGCGGCCCAGGCCCAGGCCCAGGCUCAGGCCACGUCCCAAACCAUGCGCUCGUCUUCGUCGGCUAGCAUCCGGACGACGCAAUCUAGCCGCGCCGCUUCUGUCCAGGGAGGACCCAAGGCGCUCAUGGCGCUGCGCCGUGGCGCUGGCACGCCUACCCCGAUAGCUCCGCCGGCGGCGCGAUCACAGGCGUGGGAGACCAUGGCGAGCAGCCCGCCCAGCCUGUCGGGUUCGGGGCGGCAGGAGAGCUACGGACCGGUGGAAAUGGAUGCCAUCCACCCGCCCGAGUCCCAGCCGCCCACGCUGAGCCACGUCUACAAUAACAACAACGUGCACGCAAAUAGCGAGUGCCUUACGGACCGAUUCGGCUUCAUCUACGAUCAACGGCGCAAGAGGCGGCAGCGCGAGGCCGCCCAUUUCGUCCGUGACAGCAAGAAGAACAGCAAGAGCCGCGCCGAAAUGCUCAGCAACGGGCGAUCGGGCAUCUCGCCGCCCAUGCUGGAGGAGGAUCUGAGCCCUGCCAGCGAGACUCGCCCCGACAGUCCCGUCUCUGCCGCCGAGGAACAGCGUCCCGAAGAAGAGAGGCCCAGGCGGUGGCAGGAUUAUCUCAAGCUUGCCACGUUCCCGACCGAGCUACUCUCCCAUACGCCCGCCCUCAGCGGACCCUCGCUCGAGGUGCUGGAAAGUAGUGAUGCGAUGGAUAGCUAUAAGGCGGCGGCCGACGGCGGCGCUGUCGAAAGGGCCCGGUCACCUGGCUUGAUUACGACGGACGAACGGGGAUUUGUUCCCAUUGCGAGCACCACGGCGAGUACUACUACCACCUCCGUGGCCGAUUUCGACGACGCCACCGUGCCGGACGAGGAUGAACCCACCACCGCCGCCGCCACCCAUCGAGAGGAUGCCGAGCCCGUCAGGCUGCUUCUUCAGCACAUGAACGAGCUGCACGACUCGCUGCAACGGGAGCGGACGAUCCGAUGGAACGAGUUUCUGCGCAAAGUACGAGCGGAGCGGAAGCGCGACGGCGAAGCUGCUGCGGCGGCAGCGCUGGCAGCGGCCGAGGCGCGCUACGAGCGACCGUCGGUGAUCCUGCCCGAGGCCAUCAUGGCGGACGGCGAGCUCAUCGGCAUCACCGGACUCGGGGUCAAGGGCAAAGUCGGGCGGGCCAAGCGGAACGAGCUGCGCAGCCUGGUGCUGGGGGGCAUCCCCGUGGCGUACCGGGCCAAGGUGUGGUCCGAGUGCUCGGGGGCGACGUCGCUCCGGGUGCCGGGGUACUACCAGGACCUGGUGGCGCAGGCGGGGCGGGGCGAGGGCGACGACGACCCGUCGGUGGUGUCACAGAUCCAGAUGGACAUCCGGCGCACGCUGACGGACAACAUCUUCUUCCGCAAGGGGCCCGGGGUGGGCAAGCUGAACGAGGUGCUGCUGGCGUACGCGCGGCGGAACGCGGAGGUCGGGUACUGCCAGGGCAUGAACAUGAUCGCGGCCAAUCUGCUGCUGGUGAUGCCGACGGCCGAGGACGCGUUCUGGGUGCUGGCGAGCUUCGUGGAGAGGAUCCUGCCGGCCGGGUACUACGACCACAGCCUGCGGGCGUCGCGGGCGGACCAGCAGGUGCUGCGGCGGUACGUGGCCGAGGUGCUCCCGCGGCUGUCGGCGCACCUGGAGGCGCUGGCGGUGGACCUGGAGGCGCUGACGUUCCAGUGGUUCCUGUCGGUGUUCACGGAUUGCCUCGGCGCGGAGGCGCUGUUCCGGGUGUGGGACGUGGUGCUGUGCGCGGACGAGGGGAGCACGUUUUUGUUCCAGGUGGCGCUGGCGCUGCUGAAGCUCAACGAGGCGGCGUUGCUGGGGCAGUGCCAUACGUCGGCGGCGGUGUACACGUACAUCGGGCACCAGGUGACGAACCACGCCAUUAGUAUUGAUAAUAUGAUCAAGGCGUCGGAUGGGCUGCGGCGCGUGGUGAGGAGGGAUGAUGUGGAGGCGCGGAGGGAGGAGGCUAUGCGGGCGGAGGAGGAGGCGGUGAGGGAGCGGGAGGAGGCGCUGGCCGCCAGGAAGGCGGCGGCCUCGGCGGCGGGGGAGUGA